GCGAGAAGAAAGACGGCCCGAGAGAGAGGCCGGACAAACCCAGGAGCCGCGACGACAAGCGGGGAGAACUUGGAGCGAUUCUGCUGCGCGACGAGAAACCGCGUGUCCCGUCAUGUCCCGCUCUCGCCAAGCAAAGGUAAAGAGGGUGUUGGCCGCCUGCUUUAAGCCCGACACGUGUUUAUUCCGACCCCCGAUUCCCCGUGCGGACGACGCGUAACUUGCAAAACGUGGUUUGCUGGGGAGGACGAUUUGUGGAGUUUUCUCUCUUCCAGUACUUUGAAUUGCACCUGCCGCCCUCUGCACAAGCUCAGUGAACUGGGGCGGUGGGGGAAAUCAGACGUCAGCGGCAGGCAGGCCGGCCAGUUUCCACAAGACAGACUUAGGUGCUCCAGGUGUUUGCUCACUUGCAAAUUCUGCACAGCUAAAAUCCAGUGACAACUGAACACGCUCCUCUCAAUGUCCCACAGUUCAAGGUGUUUCCUUUGCUGUUAGACGCUGCCGAGUUGUGCUUUUAACAGGGAAGAAGGCCUUUGAGUUUUCUUCCUUGGGCCACUUGGGAUUGUUUUUAAAGUAGGAAGGGCGCAGAAUGAAUGCACAGGCUUGCCUGAGCUAAGAAAAAGCUGCUUUAAGCCUCAGGUGUUGAAGGCACCUUCAAGAUGCCUUUGCCUCCAAAGAGGCACUUCUGAGUGCUGCUAAUGUGGGAUAAAGGGCAGGGGAGUCUUUAGCAUAUGCGCCGCUGGGGUGCAAAGAUCUGCCCAGCGCCCCCAAAUUUAGUUUAGUUUAAAACAAUGUAUUCCAUUUUCUAGCAUGCAUUAACAAUUUAAAAUGUGUUUACACCAUUUCUGGUGUGGAAAUACCUAAUGUAAAACACCCACUCUCUGAAAAACAGAUUCCAGAAAACAACAUGGCAGUGAUAUGUUGAAACUAAGACACAUUCUUAAUGCAACUUUUAAUAAUGCUCUUGGCUACUUUGUUAUUGCAACAUGGAAAGAUGAAAGGGUGGGAGGAGUCAAGGAUUUGGGUCAGAUGUCAUGAUUGGGAUCAAGCAACUAUAGUCCAUGGAGGCAGCAUAGAUAGACCAAGAUAGAUAGCUUAGGCAAGCAAAGGAGCUUCUCUUGCUUCCAAGAGAGUAUUUUCCAAUCAUUUGCAGGAAUGCAGAGGCCCUGGAUUUAUUAAUCUGGUUUAUUAUUGAGAUCCCAACUCCCCGGGUUUUUGACAUUGACAGUAAGAAAUGUACUAACCUUUAAAGUGCCACAAGACUCUUGGUUGGUUUUGCUGCAAAAGGCUAAAACAGCUGCUCACUUUGGAACAGAAGCCAGUGUACAUCUGCCACGUAGACCUCUAAAGCUAAGAAAUACAGUUGUACCUUGGUUUUCAAAUUUAAUCCAUUCCAGGAGUCUGUUCGACUCCCGGAACAGUUUAAAAACCAAGGCACAGCUUCCGAUUGGCUGCAGGAGCGGGGCAGACUUUUGACUUCUGAAAAUCAUUUGAAAACCAGAACAAUCACUUCUGGUUUUCGAUGGUUUGGGAGCCAAAACGUUCGAGUUCAAAGGCGUUCGGCUUCUGAGGUUCCACUGUACAUAAAUCAUAGCAUAAUAUAUAGCUGAGUUGGUUACGGCAUAGUGCUGAUAACACCAAGGUUGCAGGAUUGAUCCCUAUAUGGGGCAGCUGCAUAUUCCUGCAUUGCAGACGGUCCCUUCCAACUAUAUGAUUCUAAAUAUGAUACACCAAGCAAAGGGCCUUCUUGGUAGUGGCACCCACCCUGUGGAAUGCCCUUCCAUCAGAUGUCAAGGAGAUGAGUAAACAUAUAUCUUUUAGGAGACAUCUGAAGGCAGCCCUGCAUAGGGAAGCUUUUUAAGGUCUAUUGUUUUAUAUAUAUGCUGGAAGCCACUCAGAGUGGCUGGGGCAACCCAGUCAGAUGGGCGGGGUAUAAAUAAUAAAUUAUUAUUAAUAUGCAAGUAUACUGAUGUACAAACAAGGUAACUUAAGGCUGAAAUCCUAAUGUUCCACACCAUUUACUUGUGAGAAAGCCCAACUGAAUGUGGCGGGGCCUGCUUACAAAUAAACAUUGGAUUAAGUUUAUAUCUCUGCCAUGAAUCUCAUAACAUGAACGAGUGGAUUGUCAGCCUGUUCAUUUACGGCAGCAUGCUACACUCUGAAAAAAGCCUUUGUAUGGAAGUUUACACACUUUUGACCUUGAACCAUGAGCUGAGUAUGGAAUACAGAUACCUUUCUCUCUUAAUUAAAAGGUGGGUUUGCCUUUUUAUUAGUAUUUUAGAUAGGUGAGCUGUUCUGUAAUUUCUUGAUACAAGAGUGCCACCUUCUGGUAAGAAGGAAGUUCAGCAACAGUAGUGUAUUUCCUGAGAGACUCCACAGCAAACACAGAAAUAAUUUCGAUAUCCCUCUGUCAGAGCGGGUAUAUAACGUAGCUUGGGGCUACUCCAGGUUCCUUUGCUGUCACUUGAGGUUCAGAUGGACUCAGUGGCGCGGAAGGCCUUUCAUCAGUUUGGGCUGGUGGCCCAGAUGUACCCCUAUCCGGACAGGGAUAGCCUAAUUUUUGUUGUCGCUCUGGUAACCAAUCUGUUAGAUAGAUAGAUAGAUUACUGCAACACAUUACAUGUGGGGCUGCCUCUGAAGACAUAUUGAAAACUUCAGCUGGUUCAGGAUUCAGUGACCAGGGCAAGACGGUUUGAUCCUAUUACACCAAUCCUGCUCUGGCUGCCGAUUAGUUCCUGGGCCCAAUUCAAAGUGCUGGUUUUGACCUAUAAAGUCACAAUACCUCAAGGACCGUCUCUCCCCCUAUGAACUGAUCCGGAUCCUGCAAUCAUCAUUUGAGGCCCUUCUUCACGUUUCUCCUCCAUUAGAGGUUUGGAGGGUGGCAACACAAGAAAGCGCCUUUUUCUGUGGUGGCUCCCUGUUUGUGGAAUACUCUCCCCAGGGAGGCCUUUGUAUUUAGGCACCAGGCAAAAACGUUUCUCAAUAACCAGGCCUUUGGCUGAUUAAACAUUCUAUGGCCUUUUAAAUGUGCAUGCGUAAGAGGAGGUUAUUGCUUUGUUUUUCGUUUGUUAUGUAUUUUGCUCUCAUUUUGUAUUUUUAUGUUGUGAACUGCCCUGUGAUUUUCAGAUGAAGGGCAAUAUACAAGCUUUAGCAGCAGCAACAACAACAACCACCUAAUGUCAGUGCAAGCAGAUCAGCUUAUUUUCAGAAAUAAAUUAUUUCAUAAAGCAAAGCUAAUAAAAAGCCAUCAAAAGAAUUACAGUGGGUUGCAUUUUGGUGGUUUCAGAGCACUAUCUUACUGCUAGAGGUCUGUAGUCUGUUCAGUGCACAUUCACUCCUUUAUUGUGAUUAUUUUAUCGCACGCUAUAUUUAUAUGCGCUCUUUUUCAGCAUUAACAUUUACAUUGUGCUUUAGAGCAGGCAUGGAGAGGCAGUUGCCCUUCCUGUCAGCUGAAUCCAGUAGCCAGGGGGUGGCAGAAGUUUUAGUCAAGCCACAUCUGAAGGUGUGCAGGUUUCCCAUCUCUGCUCUGGACUAACCAAAGGGCUUCAUAUGCUUGUAGAUUAGGGAACCAUAGAUGUUGCUGGAUUGCAAUUCCCGUUAUCCCUGAUCAGUGGCCAUGCUGGUAGAGGCCGAUGGGAGUUGAAGACCUCAGAUUCUCCAUCCCUGAUAGCAAAUUCUCUUGUCAUAUUUCUAAUGCAGAGAAGAAGUGGCUAGCCUAAGACCACCUUCUGGUUUUCGGAAUACCCCUGAAGGAUACUUGAUUCUCAUGUUUCAAGAUGGCUGCUAUGACUGACCCUCCUGUGUGGCAAAAAUUAGGUCGCCGUGGUACAUUUAAUUAUUCACAUUUGGACCCUACUGUUCUGCAAGAACAUGUCCAAGUUGGCUAACAAUAAUAAAAUAAAUACCAGAAAUUAAUCACAUAUGGUAGUUGCCAAAGUAACACUAAGCAACUCUUUGUACCAGCGAAAUGACUUCUGCUUGCGCAACCCAUGCCCCCUAAAAUUGUUCUGGGGCUUCCCCCACUCUUCUGGAGCAAUUAUAGGGCUGGCAUGUGAUUGGGGGGAGGGUGAGUCCCAUUCUGCAAGCAGGAAUAUUUCUACUCGCUCAAUUAUUUUGUUAUAUAUACUGCCCGUAAAAUAUAUUGCUAAAUAUGGUGCCUAAAAGAGGCAAUAUAAAAGGCAAGUCAAUAAAAAACAGCCAGAUAAAACCAACAAAAAGAAAGAGACCCACAGAGACAGUGGCGAAUAAAAUACAAACCUGCCGUAAUAAAAAGGUCUUUUUCACCUGCUGGGGAGAAGGGACUUGCAUUUGUUUUAUUUGUUUUAUCUUAAUUUAUAAACCACUCUAUAUUCAAAGAGUACCCAGGCAGUACUCAGAAAAAAAAUAUAAAACACAAAACCCAGCAAGAAAUAAAACUGUGAUGGUAAAAUAGAAUAAUUUGGGAAGAGUGAGGAGAAAACAAAAAGUUUUCAAUGAACAUACAAAAUGUAACAAUGUGGGGGAAUAGUUUCACUGCUAAAUGUGCUGGUUUCAUUUGCUCUUCCACCUGAGCACCACUUGGGGUCUUUGGGUGAGGCUCUGCUUCAUGGUGAGGAAAAUGGGCUUUUAUGUUGUGGUGCCUUGCCAGAGCUCAGAAUUUGUUUAUAAAGUUGGUUAACAUAUUCCGCUUCAAUAAGUCAUUUGGCUGACUGACAAAUGUUGCUGCUGAGGUUUAUUUUUUCGGUUCCGAUUGGUGAUUUAAAUGUUUUACUGCAUUUUAAAUGCAUUUUAACUGGUUGCAACCCAUACUGAGAGCCACUUAAACUGAAUAAUGGUGUUUUUUUUGGGGGGGGGGGUGUUUAAAGAAAAAGUAAAACGUGACACAGCACUCAUCAAGAUAAUGAAUACAGGAUAGCUGCUUUCAUGCAUGUUUACAAACAUUUUGCUUGAUGUUUUCAAUUAUCUGGUACUGACAAGUUCUACUGCUACUGAACUGCAAAUGAAGACAUCUUUUUAUUUAUUUUUUAAAAAAGACAAGCUGCUGUACAAUAACAUUUUUCCUCUCUCCUUUUCUCAUGCACUUUCUGCAAACUGCUUUUUAUGGGCACACUAAACAUGAUAAGGGAGACUUCGGAUCAGAUCCCCCAACAUCCUUUUAUUUACUUAAAAGAAACUGUGGAACUGGCACUUUUACAAGUGUUACCUUUUGUUCAUUCCAUACCUGCAAGAAGUCAAUCUUUUUAGUGUGGAAAUACCUAUCCUCUGGAAUUCACAGCCUAUUAAUAUUGGGGAGGAACCUUCAUUGUAGUGUUUUUGAUAUCAGCUAAAAACUUUUCUUUUUAGGGAAUCCUACCCAAAUAAACCAAUUGAGGGGUUGUUGUUUUUUGGCUAUAGAAAGCUAGCCAAAUAAAAAACAAAGUAAAAACAGCUGCUGUUGUGACAGGCUGGCUCAGGAUUGUGGCACUGGGUGGGGGCAGAUUGAAUCCCUCCCCUCAACACUCUGACUUAAAUUGCUGUCCUUCUGAAGCUGUUAUAAUCCAUCAAAGGGAUAGAAUAAGUCCAAUACAGCUAAUAUCAGCUUUGGAAGAGGUCAUUUCAGUUGGGGAAAUGGUUUGUGGCACAAGUUAAACCAGGCAUCCCCAAAUUUGGCCCUCCAGAUGUUUUGGGACUACAAUUCCCAUCAUCUCUAGCCACUGAUCCUGUUAGCUAGGGAUGAUGGGAGUUGUAGUCCCAAAACAUAUUGAGGGCUGAGUUUGGGGAUGCCUGAUUUAAACCCUCCACCCUUCGCUUCCUACAGCUGUUUCUUAGCAAAUAGAAAGUUGUAGAGGAAUCAAGUCAUAGAUCUUGCAUUUUCUAUAUAGUUUGGUUCUUAGUUCCUUUAAAAGUGAGUGGUUGAGAAAACAGGCUAUUUGUUGAAAGCUGUCAUUUUUUUUAAAAAAAAGUCUUUGUUUUGUUUUAGUUGGUUUUUCAUCAUACUAAAACUUGUUUAGAGAAAUGUUUACUUAAGUUUGACCUGUCUUUAAAGCUGCUCUGACUAAAAGAAAGGGGGGGAGGGGAACAGAAACAGGAAAAUCAUCAGAGUCCCAUGGCACCUUAACCACUAACAAGUUUUGCACACCUUUGGCAGGCAAGAGCCUACUUCAGAUGCAUGAGCAAGAGCAAAACAGGAAAUGUAGUUCUCACAUGUUUCUAAUGGCUCCAAUAUGUGAACAUUACUCAUUGUGGAUUCUCCCCCAAUUUAAGCAUUUAUUCUAUUUAUACCCUGCCCUAUCCACUGAACUCAGAGCAAUGUACGGCAAUUUCAGUAGAACGAACAUUUCCACUGUUUAUGCAGGACUCACAGUCUUAAUAACGCUGCAGUCCUAAACCCACAUCUGGAAGUAAGAGUCAUUGAACUUAUGGGGUUUACUUCCAAUUAGGUAUGUAUAGAUGGGGACUGUAAAUAUUGGACAUGAAUGGCUUAUGGAAAGAAGGCAGAGAGAGGGGGGGGGAAAGAGGGGGGGAGAGAGAGAGAAAAAAAAAAGAGAGAAAAAGAGGGAGCGAGGGAGGCCUGUGGAUGGGUGAUUCCCAUGUGCAGAAGAUUUCCCACUGACAUGUUUGGAGUUACACUGCCUCUGAAGGAAUGGUUUCAUAGUUUCGGGAUAAAAAGGUAAAGGUAAAGAACCCCUGACAAUUAAGUCUAGUCACGAAUGACUCUGGGGUUGCGGCACUCAUCUUGCUUUACUGGCCGAGGGAGCCAACAUUUGUCCACAGACAGUUUUUCCAGGUCAUGUGGCCAGCAUGACUAAGCCACUUCUGGCGAAACCAGAGCAGCACACGGAAACGCUGUUUACCUUCCAGCCAGGGUGGUACCUAUUUAUCUACUUGCACUUUGAAGUGCUUUUGAACUACUAGGUUGGCAGGAGCUCGGACCGAACAACGGGAGCUCACCCCAUCGCGGGGAUUUAAACCGCCGACCUUCUGAUUGGCAAGCCCAAGGAUCAGUGGUUUACACCACAGCGCCACCCACGUUCGGGGAUACUCCUAGACAAAAAAAGAACAAGUUAUUAAUUCAGUGCAAAAUUAAUUUUAAAUAGCAGCUUGUUCAUAUUGAUGUUCUUGGUGUUGGUGUUAACCUUUAAAGCCCUAAAUGGCCUCAGCCCAGUAUACCUGAAGGAGCGUCUACACCCCCAUCAUUCUGCCCGGACACUGAGGUCCAGCGCUGAGCGCCUUCUGGCGAUUCCCUCACUGCAGGAAACAAAGUUACAGGGAACCAGGCAGAGGGCCUUUUCGGUAGUGGCGCCCACCCUGUGGAACACCCUCCCAUCAGAUGUCAAAGAGAUAAACAACUACCUGACAUUUAGAAGACAUCUGUUCAGGGAAGUUUUUAAUGUGUGACAUUUUAAUGUAUUUUUAAUCUUUGUUAGAAGCCGCCCAGAGUGGCUGGGGAAACCCAGCCAGAUAGGCGGGGUACAAAUAAUAAAUUACUAUUACUAUUACUACUCGGUGCCACCUAUAUUGAUUUAUAUUUAAAUUUUCCUGCCACGUGUGCUUUUAGGAAAUGCCUUUCAGUUCUGCAUUUGCAGAAUUAUGAAGCUGAAUGGUAGUUCUUUUCUUGUUCAGCAGAUGGCGCUUCAGAUCAUUCUUACGAUGAGAACCCCGUUUUAUUCUACAGUUGAAAACUGGCUGCAGAAAAUAGUUCCUAGAAUCAUAGAAUUGUAGAGUUGGAAGGGACCAUCCAGGCCAAAGUGCAGAAAUAUGCAGCUGCCCCGUGUGGGAAUCAAACCUGUGACCUUGGCACUAUCGGCACCACACGCUAAACAACUGAUCUGGCGGGUAUCUUUUAGAAUAUGUAAUAACAGACUAUUCCAGAUACAGCAUCAAACUCUCUUACUAUUGAGUAAGCAUGCGUAGGAUUGCACAUUGCAUGCCUAGAAGUAAUCUCUGUUGAGAACAGUGGAGUUUAGAGUGCAGUGGCUGUUGAUGGAGUGGGGAGGGCAUGGGAUUGCUUGCAGUAGAGACUCCUCUGGCCUGCAGAGGAGUACCACUAGUUGGCCUGCAGAGGAGUACCACUCCUCUGGCCUGCAGAGGAGUACCACUAGUUGGGUGGGCCUGCCACAGCGGGGGGUUCUUCUAGCAGAAGUAGCAGUCAGAGAAGCUCAGAACAGGGUGUUGUGGGUAGCCUGGGGACAGGGUACCAGAAGAUUUGCUGGAUCCAAUCCCCCACAGAUCAGGCCCUUCUGCUAUGCUAGCUUGGAGCUGGGGUAAUGAAAAAUCACAAUAAGCCUUACUGCUCUGGCUAGCAUGGUGAAUCUGCUGCUCCAGUGCAGUUGGAAGGGACCCCAAAGCAUCAUCUAGUCCAACCCCCUGCAAUGCAGGAAUCUCAGCUAGAGCAUCCUUGACAGGUGGCCAUCCAACCUCUGGUUAAAAACCUCCAAGGAAGGAGAGUUCACCACCUCUCAUUGGAGUCUGUUCCAAUGUUGAACAGCUCUUACUGACGGAAUCUCCCAUCUUGUAACUUGAAUCCUAGCCUCCAGAGCAGAAGAAAACAAGUUUGGUCCAUCCUCCGUGUGACAGCCCUUUAGAUAGUUGGUGAUGGCUCUCAUAUCUCUUCAAAUUGCUACUCUUCAACUUUCCCAGGAGGAAAGGUUAUAGCAAUUGUGUUUGGUUUUUAAACAAAGUUUUAAAAGAAAGCUGAAUAAGAGGGUACAUGGUAGAGGUGAGUGUAAAAAAAAAAAGUCUGCCUUAAAAUAAAGCUUUGUUGUAAUGGUGAAUCCUUAAAAAAAGAAUUUAGAAAUUGAAUGAAAGCAGUUAGAACCGUUUAGAAAAGCAGAGGCCUAAUAAGCAGCUCCCUGGAGCAUUCAGCGGAUUCCUGCUCAGCCUUGACAAACAUGGAAUCUUACUUUGGGUGGUUUCGAAAUCCAUUUGUGUAAAUAACUUGGAAUGCAACGGCCAGUUUGUUGUCUGCUGAGCUUACAUAACCUUUCCCUGCGUUGGCAAAGGCUGCUGAGCCCAGAUCAAGUCCAAAUAGAUGCCAGUGUUUCUAGAAUAAGGAGGUUUCAUGAUCCAGCUGCCAUGCAUCUGCUGGAGAAGUUGUUGUGACUGAUAAGAGGAACAUAUGCUCAUGUCACAUGUUGCUAGGAAAGGGGCAUAGAUAAACAAGGAGGUUUUUCUUCUGUGUUGUUUAAUUGCACCUCUCCUUUUCCACCCAGUUAGCCAAAACCAGGGGUGGGGGGAGUUUAUAACCUGGUCCAAUUUUUCUCACUCUCACACACAACAUGUAUACAUGUAUGUAGGCUAGUCACCUGUAAUGCCUGCCACAUGCAUGCCCCGUUGCUGAGUAACUGAAGGAGUCUGGAGAUGCUCAAGGCAAGACCACAACAUUAUCCAUAUUUCCUCCUUUCUCCUCUUCUUCUGUAAAAAUUUAAAUUUCAGGCUUCUCUGGAUGGAAGCCCCCUUUAGUUAUGUAAGGCACCAUAUACACUGAUGACAUAUAUUUAUUUCUAUGGGGGUGAGUAUGACUAAAGCCAAGCGCCACUGUGUCUGUAGAUUUAACAGUUCCAGUAAUAACAUUGUAGUACUUGGGGAAGUUGAGACAGCUUCACCCUAACAAGUUUUUCAGGCAUUGUGAGUGCAGUAGAAAAGGAGUGUGCCGCUGUUCCAAAUAGGAUGGGACACAAUUUCAUUUGUCUUCUUACACUAAUGAAUUAAUUACAGUUUGAUUUUUUUUUUUAAUGGGUAGAUAGGGAUACGGACAUGUUGGCAAAACUAUUCCAGAGGUUAACGUUUGUGUCUCAGGGAUCCAUGUAUGCUCCUGAUCUCUGCCCUUAUAUUCUUUACAUUGCUGUUGAAAUGUCUUCAAGUAUUUAAAUUAUCUUGAAAUUCUGAAUCUUAACUUGGAAAAAAUGUAAACACAUAUGUGAAAGGAACAAGUUCUUAAAUUCUAUGCUACCAAAGUGAGUCUGUUAGUUAAUACUCUUGUAAAUUGGUCAUAUCCAAUGUGGUUAAACUAUGGAACUCUCUCCCACAGGAGGCAAUGAUAACCACCAACUUAGAUGGCUUUAAAAGAGGUUUAGACAAAUUUAUGGAGGCUAAGUCUUAAUCAAUGGCUACUAGCGAUGAUUAUGUUUUGCGUUCACAGACCUUGGACCUUCCACAGCCAGAGGGAGCAUGGUUCCAAAUACCAGUUGCUGGAGAUCACAGAAAGGGAGUGUGCUCUUGUACAUCCUCAGGUCCUGCUUGUGGGUUUCCGACAAGGCACCUGGUUGGCCACUGUGAAAACAGGAUGCUGGACUAGAUGGGCCAUUGGCCUAAUCCAGCAGGCGGCUUUUAUGGUGCCUUCUGGAUCUUGUUGGAUUCCAACUCUCAUUGGCCCCAGUUUGAGGGUCUGAUCUUUCCACCAAGGAAAUCCCCAGCCCAAUUUAGGAGACAGUGGUUGGGGUAGGCAGAGCCCAGUGCCCUGACCAUAGCUGUCAACCUUCUCUUUUUUGGCGGGAAAUUCCCUUAUUCCAGCGCUGCUUCCCACUGCUAUCCUGGAUUGUUAGAUAUCCCAUAGACUGUCCCCGGGACAGGUGAGGCUGCUGAUCCCUUAUUUUUGAGGCUGCUGAUCCCUUAUUUUCAAAUCUGUUGACAGCUGUGGCCCUGACCAAUGUAGGAAUCAUCCCUCCCUUGUGAUCAGAGCAGUCAUUUGAGCAAAGAGGGUUUGUCAGCUGUUCUGCGCAGAUACUGGGCUGACUUGCAUAAAUAAAUAGUGAAGCUCAGAGCAGAUUAUGUAAAAUCUGCAUAACUUUGGGAGGAAAGCUAUGAAUUUAAUAAGUAAUAAAUAAGCUCUUACCGCUUUUCUCCACAAUAACUGGUGUCAAGGUCACUUAAAGUGCUCCUUCACUUGUCGUACAUUUUGUAAGAAAAGCAGGGUAUAAAUCUUUUUAAAGUAACAAAACAAUGCAAUGUUGAGAGCUAAUAAAUAUAAACGUAUCUUUUUAUGUAGCUUGUACGUCUUGUAUGUACGUUCUUGCAGCAACGAACAUAUUGUUGCCUUGAGGUCUAAUCUGAUGAAGCAUUUAAGUAUUCUCUGGUGACAGCCAACUGAAACUCUUAAAAUGAAACCAGAAUGAUAUAUGUUGAUAUGAGAUUGCAUAACCGUUCACAUGACUGUAUGACUUACCAAUAAUUGUGUGGGAUGGCAGCUUUCUCAAGCAGAUGCUAUCAUUGUCCACUAACAUUGGGAUAUCUGCUGUAUCUUAAGAGCAGAUUUACUGGUAGGUCCAAUAAGAUUCCUUGCCUUAUAUUGCCACAUAUGCUCAUGUUUGUAAUUAUAUUUUGGGAAUGAAUCAUGUUAUUAUGUAGCUGCAUUGUUUUAUACUUCCUCGAUGCCCCACAAUCAUAUUAUAAAGUAGUUGCAUUCUAUAUUAGCACUGCUAGGAGUUGUUUCUUUUUGUUUUCCAAUGUAUUUCUUGCCAAUAAAAAAUUCAGUGUGGUGUGAGCAAAUUUUUAUUCUGAAAGUGUGGCCCAGAGAAAAAAGUUUGAAAAUCACGGCUCUAGCGGAAACUGGUGCAACCAGAAAUAGGACUUGUCCUUCUUUUCUCUCCCCACUCCCUCAACCUUCCCAAAUCUGCUUAAGAAGGUCAGGAGAACCUUCAGAACAGAGGGAGGAGAAGGGUGAUACUUCCAUCCAGCAAGCAGAAAUGCCUUUUGGAGGUUUGGAGAUUUUGGCUGACUAGUAAUUUCCUAGCUAUGGGGAGAGUUGAUAAGCUGUAACUGUCCCUAGUUCUCUUAAAGACUCCUAGGUAUCUUAGAAGUUGGGAGAAAGUAAAGAAAAGAAAAUAUACUUUAUUUUGGUAAAGCUUCUAGUUUGAAAGCGUAGUGUUGCCUGCCACCCCAUUCUCUGCCAAGUAGAAGCCAGAUUCCAGGCGGUUUUAGGUGCCUGGUUGGUUUCCACUGGAAAAUCAAGGCACAGCGGAGUCUGGAGUGUCUUAGAAAUAUGAUUUAUUGACACAUAUUUUCACCUGGAAAGCUUAAGUGAAGGGAGUACACCCAGGAGGGUCUUUUGUUUCUCCCCUCACAGCUUCAGCAAGCUUGGGUUCAAAGCAGCAGCCAGUCAUGGACUGGACUGCAGUACCCAGUGAGAUAUUAUCCUGAGUAACUCACCUCAAAUUCAUACACUUUGCUUGCUUAUCAUUCUGCAUACGGUUCAUUCAUUUGCAAAGAUGAGCUACAUAUGAAUAGAUCUUUUAAUGAAAAAUCACUUAUAAAGACUUCCUCCCUCUCCUGUCAUUGCCAAGUAGUUAUGCACCUUCAUCCUAUCAAACAAGACUGAAUUGCUGCAGCAGCUCUUCCCUAAUGCAGAAUACACAAAUUACCCAUGUGUCCUAGUUCCAAGUACGUAUCUGAUUGUGUUGGAGGAUGUUACAAAAGAAAUAGCCGCACCUAGACAAGGUAUUGAUUGAUAUAAUGACUCAUGAGCUCUCUUAAUUAGCUAGUGAGAUAAAGUUAAGCAGUUCAGCACCACAGGUCUUUCAGAUACCGAGCUGCUUGGUGGAUUAUCUUGAUACAUUUCCCACAGAAAAUGCAUUUCAUUCACUGACCUAAAAUGAAACAUGGAUUAGUUGAGAACCAGUCAUUUACAUCUGUGAAAUACUUAAUGCUUUCCAACAGCAAUGAAAACAAGCAAAAGAGUCUUGGCAAUUAAUUUUUGAAAUCCCUGUUUUUAUGUGAAGAACCCUAGAUAUAUUAGACUCAUAUACUGCCUGGAAUGCAGUAGCUGGUUCUCAUGUAAUGAAUUGGUAUGCAUGUAUUCUUCAGAGGAGGCUAACCUUGCUAUGUUUGUGUAGAGGCAACAGCUACACUGUUGUCAAAGGACAUCCUGGUGCAAGGGACAAGUUUCUUGUACCAUUUAGCAGCUGUAUAAAAAAGGGAAAUAUGCACUGUUCUCCCCACUCCUGUCUGAAGUUGCAAUUGGUAAAAAAUAUCUCUCUCUGCUAAAACGUGACCCAGACAUCUUCUAUAGUUUUGCAGUUAGAUGCCUGUCCUGAAAUAUCCACCCCUUUAUCAAUAACACCACUUCUGUUAUCCCUCAAGAAUGAUAAACUCUCUUUUGGGGGGAACAUAGUCCUAUUCUGGGAUUUGGAAACACAGUCAUAAUGUUUUCCCCCUUUUUUAAUUUUAAAGCAUGCACAAGCUUUAUCCAGAAAAAUCCAGAAAAAUGGUUGUGGUUAUAUAGCUAUAAUACAUUUUUACAGUGCUUUGAUAACAGCUCAUGUGUGAAACCUCUCUGUAGAAUGUAGGUCAGAUCUGCAAACCAUGCAAAAGGUUGGGCAGUGUUGAGAAGCAACCACACCUUCAAGUGAGCACUCAAAACUUUGUAUUGUUUACUUAGUGUUUCUUCAUCCCUCUGUAGAGAAAAUGCUUCAGUAUCUUUCAUAUUUAAUGCUCUUCAUUAAUGCAAACUAGGAGGUAGUUCCAAGAAUAAGGAGCAGAAUCUUAUUCAGAGACAUACACAAAUAACCCUACAGAAGAUAACUGGAAUAUGCACCACAUGCAGCUAUAGCUGUAAGCAAUUUAGAUCAACAUGUCACUAGCCAUUUGGUAUAUCAUUUGGUGCAUCUCCUCUCCCCCCCCCAAAAAAAAAUCAGUUGAGACUGCACCUGAGCUGCUUAAUUGAUAUCACUACUGAUGUUUAUCUGCUGGAAAGACACGGUACAGGUAAAAGUGGAGGACAGAGAUUAGUAGUUGUUAAAAAUUCGGGUGAUGAGUGACUUUCUUUUUGUUUUCUUCUCCGUGUGAUAAUGUCCUGUGUAUUUCCUGUGACAAAGAUGGCAGCAAUCAAUUGGACUUUAUUGUAUAAGCAGCUUAUUAAUUAACACAGCUUUCAAAGUCUAUUGAACUUUGUGUUCAGUGCCACUGAAAAGAGUGUAUUUUCACUUCUGAGAGAUUUAGAAAACUUACUCUGGGGAGCAGACGACAAGUUUGAAAAUGCACAAAUUUUUUUUGGCUCUAGUUAAUUAAAGAGGUGGUAUAGCUGGUGAACCAGCUCAAGGCGGUAAAGACCCUCCUAGAGACAGCUGCCACGUGGGCAGCUAGGAAUAACAACUAACACAAUGGUUCUUUUACAUCAUAAACUUGGCCAUUUGAACUCACCCUCAAAUCUGGAUUUAGUUCCAUUUUAUCCACUCUCAUCUAGUUUUAUUGGCAAGGCUGUUUUUUAAUGUACAGACUUGUUAGCAAGAGUAGUGAAAACAGGAGGGUCCCUCUGAAUUCAGUUAAAUGUUAUUACGUAUGGAAUCAGAGAAGCACCUGCCCUGUUGGAUGAAUCAUCUCAGGUAAGAUAACUGGGUGGUAUGUAAAUCAAGAGUAGAUAUUCCCUUCCUCUGACAACCGAAUGUGGAGAGUUCAUCUCAUGUAGUUCGCGGUUUGAAGUUGGUGCCAGUGCCUGCUUUGAAAGCAGAAAUUACAGCCCGCUUCUCUCCUUCAGUUAAUAAGUCUGAAAGUAAAGAUGAGGUCUGUAAUGUUAAGCUUCCUUUGAGAGAAGACUCUGCUUUUUCCUUUCUCUUUUUUUAAUCUAAAUUAGCUUCUUUUAUCUUACUGUAUCACAAAAAGCUUUCUCAAAAUCUUAUUUAAAAACCCAAACUUACUUCAAAACCUGUUAUUACCCACAGCUGCAGAUAAUUACAUAUUUUAUUGCACAAAUUAGCAACAUAUAUAUAUAUAUAUAACCACCUUCCUACUAAAGACCCCUGUGCUCUUUAAAAAGCUGGGGUUUGUUGGCCUAUCCCAAGCUGUGGGGCCUGGGCAGGUUGCAGCAAGCUGAGAGAAUACAGAAUUCAUGCAUUAUAGGUGCUUUUGCUGCAUCCACCUAGAAAGCACUUUCCAAUAUCAACCCUAAGUGGCAAAAGAAAUCUUAUGAAACUUUCUCUCCCCUUAUGUUUUUGUCUAAAACGGUUCAUGCCUAGAACAAGUUGUAAAUGGCUGUUCAUGGUGUUGGAUUAGACAGCCCUAAAGGUAUCUUUUCAUUAUCCAAGCAAAGGUGAUAUGGGCAGGAGGCAAAGAAACACAUAAUUAGUUUUGCCUAGUCAAGGCAGGUGUCUGUCCCCAAAACAGUAGCCCAAGGCAAAACACUUCAAAACAGCUAAAUAGUGUGGAAACUACCCAAGUAUGGUGAAGACUGGGGCAGGAUAAGACCACUGGGGCUCACAUGCAAGCUGCUCUGCGCUCCCAAAUGGAAGAGUAGGAUAUAAGUACAAUAAUCAACCGAAUUAAGGGGGUAUCAAAAGAUAAUAUAGCAUGAUAAAGGUCAGUUAGGGAGCAAUGUCUCUUCAACAGUUCCUAAUUAAUCUUCACCUAAAGAAGCAAAAUGGGCAGAACCUAUAUAUUGUAACUGAUCAAUAAAUACUGUUUUUAUCAGUGUUACAAUACAAUACAAUACAAUACAAUACACACACACACAUAUGUUUAUAAAAGUAUUUCUGUGCCGCCAUAUCGUAAAACAUCAGGGCAAUGCACAACAUUAAAACAUGAAAUACAAUUUAAAAAAAUAAAGUGAUUGGCUAAUCAAAAAUCUAAAAAUUAAAGAGCCAUUAAGGACUGUCGGCAUAAAAAGCUGUUCAAGAGAAGCCUGAAAGUCAAGGGUACCUGCUGGAUCUCUGUUGGACGAUGUUCCAUGACGUGGGAGCAACAACACGAGCAGAGGCUCAUUAGGCCUUAAUAUUACCACUGUAAAACACACAAUUCUUUUUUUAAAACAGAACUAAAACAAAACCCCACAUACGAUCAGUUAAGUGCUAGUUACUAUAAUAAUAAUAAUAAUAAUAAUAAUAAUAAUAAUAAUAAUAAUAAUUUAUUAUUUAUACCCCGCCCAUCUGGCUGGGCUUCCCCGGCCACUCUGGGCGGCUUCCAAAAGAAUAUUAAAAUACUAUAAUACAUCAAACAUUAAAAGCUUCCCGAAACAGGGCUGCCUUCAGAUGUCUUCUAAAAGCCUGGUAGUUGUUGUUCUCUUUGACAUCUGGUGGGAGGGUGUUCCACAGGGAAGGCGCCACUACCGAGAAGGCCCUCUGCCUGGUUCCCUGUAACUUGGCUUCUCGCAGUGAGGGAACCGCCAGAAGGCCCUCAGUGCUGGACCUCAGUGUCCGGGUAGAACGAUGGGGGUGGAGACGUUCCUUCAGAUAUACUGGACCAAGGCCGUUUAGGGCUUUAAAGGUCAGCACCAACACUUUGAAUUGUGCUCGGAAACGUACUGGGAGCCAAUGUAGGUCUUUCAAGACUGGUGUUAUGUGGUCUCUGCGGCCGCUCCCAGUCACCAGUCUAGCUGCCGCAUUCUGGAUUAGCUGUAGUUUCCGGGUCACCUUCAAAGGUAGCCCCACGUAGAGCGCAUUGCAGUAAUCCAAGCGGGAGAUAACCAGAGCAUGCACCACUCUGGCGAGGCAGUCCGCAGGCAGAUAGGGUCUCAGCCUGCGUACCAGAUGGAGCUGGAAAACAGCUGCCCUGGACACAGAUUUGACCUGUGCCUCCAUGGACAGCUGUGAGUCCAAAAUGACUCCCAGGCUGCACACCUGGUCCUUCAGGGGCACAGUUACCCCAUUCAGGACCAGGGAAUCCUCCACACCUGCCCGCCUCCUGUCCCCCAAAAACAGUACUUCUGUCUUGUCAGGAUUCAACCUCAAUCUGUUAGCCGCCAUCCAACCUCCAACCGCCUCCAGACACUCACACAGGACCUUCACCGCCUUCACUGGUUCUGAUUUGAAAGAGAGGUAGAGCUGGGUAUCAUCCGCAUACUGAUGAACACCCAGCCCAAAUCCCCUGAUGAUCUCUCCCAGCGGCUUCAUGUAGAUGUUGAAAAGCAUGGGGGAGAGGACAGAACCCUGAGGCACCCCACAAGUGAGGGCCCAGGGGUCUGAACACUCAUCCCCCACCACCACUUUCUGAACACGGCCCAGGAGGAAGGAGCGGAACCACUGUAUAACAGUGCCCCCAGCUUCCAGCCCCUCAAGACGGUCCAGAAGGAUGUUAUGGUCGAUGGUAUCAAAUGCCGCUGAAAGAUCCAGCAGAACUAGGAAACAGCUCUCACCUUUGUCCCUAGCCCGCCGGAGAUCAUCAACCAGUGCGACCAAGGCAGUUUCAGUCCCAUGAUGAGGCCUGAAUCCCGACUGGAAGGGAUCCAAAUGGUCCGCUUCUUCCAGGCGUGCCCAUUCUUGCCCAUGUAACAUUCAUGCGCUGCCUGUUUACUUUUAGAAGUGUUGACAUGAUUUAUGCUAUAAAUUCAAAAAUGUUGUUUCAGCAGUAUAUUGAAGAAGGUGGGUUGGGACACAAAGUUACUUACAUAUGAUUUACUAGUUCAGAGGUUGUUAGGACCUGAGCAAAUGUGCAUAGUUUGUGAUUUACCAAACUUGAAAGUAGACAACAUAAUAUUCAGUUCCACUUGCUUCAGAUUACAGAUUGUUAGCAAUGGUACAUUAGUUUGCUGACACCAGGAUAUGUGUGUUAUCAACAAUAUUUUCUUGUCAAUUGCUUUUUGAGAUAUGUCUGUUCUUUUUAAUUUUGUUUCCCAUUGACUCCCCUCUAUUGCCAACCCCUGAAUGUGUAUAUGUGUCUGUCAGUUUUGGAUUACAUACAUCUAAUGAGGUAUACUCUGAUCUACAGUUGUUUAUGAGAAAUUGGUUAGUGUCUGUGGUAGACACUAUACCAUGAUAUGGUAUAGUGGUCACAUGAUGUGGUUGGUCACAUCCUGUUUUUUUCCUAAUCACAACCAGGCAGGAAAACUAGGUGAUUUAUCAAGCUCCUGGUGAGUUGCCAUAAAUAGCUGUUGGCUACAUUUAGCCUCCUAUUAUAGUUAACAGAAUACUGCAGUCAUAAAUUAUGUACAUAUUAGAUACGUAUACAAUAUGCAGUUGGAUAAAAUAUUUGUGACUUGUGAUAGAUUCCAUUAAAAGAAUAUGAAUGCAGUUAUGGGUGUUUAUAUUGGUUGAUUUCAGUUGCAUAAAGGUUAUUAUUAAAAUAACUUAUGGCUAGAUUUAUAGUUACUUAAUUUUAUAUCGUUAUCCAGAUUUAUAUUCAUACCCGCUGCUACAGGGAAAGUCACUCAGUGAGUUUCAUGACUGGGCAGGGAUUUGAACCCUGGUCUCCCAGGGUUCCAACACUCUUAGUCCAACACUCUUAACAUCAGGUAUUUUGAGUUUCUACAAAUGCAUGAGCGAAAUCAUGAUCAUGCUCUUUAAAUUAGUCUGUUUAAGUGUUAAAUACACCUCACAGUUGGUCAGAAUACAAAGACCGGUGGAAUUUUCCUUUGAGCCAAAAGGAGCUUAGCAGUGCAAUACCAAGCAAGUCUAAAUUCUGUUGGAUUGGGUAUAGUAUUACAGCCUUGUUUUUCUUCAUGAGUGUGCGUAGUAUGGUUUUAAUUUCUGUUACACUCUAUAGACUCUGGGGAAAGGCAGGAUAGGAAUGUUUUAAAGCAAAUAAGUAGCAAAAUGCUGUUGAAAUUUCAAAGUUGUAUGUGUUGUAUAUGAUGUGAUAAAAUUCAGAAAUGUUAUUAGGCUAGCCUCUUGCAGGAGUGUCAAUAACUCUCUGGAUUCUUGCUAGUCUCUUUCAAUCACACCAGGAGCAGCCAGUGCAGUGCAGCAUGGAUGUGGACACACCCUUCUGACAGUCACAUCACUGCCACUUACCAGAACAGUGUGAAGGCAACGAAGGGCAGUGGUGCCAGUACAGUGCACACAUGGGUGUUUUGAGAGAGGUGAGAGGUUGGGGUGAACUUUUAAUAAAUUGGAGGGAGGUUCACAUGGUAAGCUUAAAGUAUGUUUUAUUACAAAUACAGUGUGGAAACAUCUGAAAAGGCUUUCUCUAAAAUUGCCAGUAGUGAAAAGAGCAUUAAAAAGAUACCAGUGUCUACUCUGGCAGUGUGUGAUUAAUUUUGUUUGUUGCUUUGUGUGUUAUGUCUAGCAGGUAUUAAAAUUGUUUUGUUAUUUAUUGUAUUUCACUUAGAGACCUUUGUUAAUGUGCUGGCAUACAUCUCUCUCUCUCUCUCUCUCUCUAUAUAUAUAUACAUACAUACAUACAUACAUAGUUAAGUACUUCACUGUGAGAUCAUCAUAUUUCUAUUUUGGUAGGUAUUAGUAAGUCUAGCACUACAAAACCAUCAUGCCAAAACGUCUUUAGUUAGCCCAUGCAAUCCUCUUCUUCCGUAUAUAUAAAUCUGCAGUGAAUGGUGCUGAGCAUGAGCAAAGAGUACAGAUCCAAGAAGCCGCCAGGGUGGCACUGGAUGCUGCUGCACAUGAAUAAUUCAUUCGAUACAUACAAACCUAGGUGCAGAUUUAGUGAGGCACAUGUGUAUCCAGGUGGCCAUUUGACUGCACUUCAAACCUGUAUAAAGUGAUGCUCCCCAACACAAAAUAGAUGAAAAAAUGCAUCCAAAUCCUGUAUUACAUACAUCUAACACAGUUAAUCAUGAACUGAAUCUGGCAACCAUGCAAAGGGCGGCAGGGAAGAGUUUCUGCAUAGCAGUGGAAAGUUCUUGACUUAUGAUUGCAUGUUUAGCUCUGUGUACACAGUGAUAUAAGAAUAUGUGCUUCAAGAAUAACCAGUGUUAUGCAAAUAGAGACAGGCUAUAAUAAUAAUUUUUCUUAAUUAGUUUUCCAAGCAAGAAGAGAUUAGCUCCACCUACUAGAGUUAAAAGUAUUAGGUGUAUUAAUUAGCCAUCUUAUACUCUGGAUAAGGAGUGUUUUAUGCUACAUACAAAAUAAGCCAUGAAACCAAUUUCACCCUGACAUACUUUCUGACAGAAAACUAAACUUAUGGCUGCUAGUAAUAUGCCACUAAUGAAAGUAUAGAAUUACAUUUGCUUGUUGAUGUCAAGAAGGAAUUAUUGUGGCAUUCUGGGUGUUUUUGUCAAGUUAUCAUCUAUUUACGCCUGCUCAUUAUUUUUCUCCCUAUAGGACGUGUGUACCAUUAUUGUGGGGAUGCGGGUGGUGCUGUGGGUUAAACCACAGAGCCUAGGACUUGCUGAUCAGAAGGUUGGAGGUUCGAAUCCCCGUGACGGGGUGAGCUUCCGUUGCUCGGUCCCUGCUCCUGCCAACCUAGCAGUUCGCCAGAAGUGGCUUAGUCAUGCUGGCCACAUGACCCUUGGCCAAUAAAGCGAGAUGAGCGCCGCAACCCCAGAGUCGGUCACGACUGGACCUAAUGGUCAGAGAUCCCUUUACCCUUACCAUGAUUGUAUGGUACAAAAGACAGGACAUUUCCGCCCCCUGCCACAGGUUCCUAGGUUACAUAUUCACUACAAAGGUCAAGCAGCUCUCUGAGGGCACAGUAAACCACAGAAAAACAGACCCUUGCAUCUUUAGUUUUUGCUCCUGCUGUUUUAGGCUUAAAACUACAAAUUAAGUGGGCUUACAUGGCUUUUUUAUAUUAUUAUUCUUCACUGCUUAUAUGCUAAAAAGGCUUUUCUCUGCCAUCUGUUCAUGUUCUUUGCACAAUGCAACCGUUGUGCAGCUAGUUGCAACAGAAAGCUAGACUUUUUAACCCAUGGAUAGGAAGAUAGAGACAGUGUUUCUUUUCACUGUGUAGAUGAGAAAAGCAGUUUGGGGUGGGUGGCUGUGCGAGCUUGAAUAAACAAAGGGUUAUGUCACACUGCACAAGCUUCUUACACAUAUUUUUAAUUUCGAAAAGGAAAGGGUAGCCCCCACGGGUCUGACUUAGUCUGUGUUAGUCGGCGUCCUUUGUUUCCUGUGCUACUUUUGAAGCAUCUCUCGCUCCACACCGAGAGGGGAGUGGGACAGGGGGUCGAAGUCUGCAGAAGACGAGGGCUUUUCUGCAAAGCUCUUGAAGGAGCCUGGGGUGGGAGGGAGGAUCGUUCCAGCGAGCCUCCCAGAGAUGAGCUCUUCUCUCUUGGGUUCCGCCAUGCAUCCUCUCUCCAAAGGGAGAUUGCUGCAGGCUUAACCAUAACCUUGUGCUGACCUUGGCAGCCUUUGAUCCUUAAGUGUGAAUUGAAAACUGUAAAGCUGCAAUUCCAGACACGUCUACUCGCAAUUUCCCCUCAAUGAGCAAAGGGAUAAUUGCUUUUGUUUCUUUUAAGAGUACACAUGGGCAAGAGGAACAAGAUGUUUUGCUGCCGUUUCUCCUCUUCAACCCUAUAAGCCUUCCCGCCCUGUAUCCCGCUUCCAGCUUUCUCCUGCGGGCUCCUCAGAGCCCUUUGCCAAACCACUUUUCUCUUCACACCCUUUACCCUUCGUGACUCCUCCUCCUCGCAAGCUCUUGCUUUUCGGCAUGUUUUCCCCGCCUCUAACUCGCCCGACUCCCAAUAAGCAUUCGAGAGGGGCUUCGGCGAAGAAACCUCCUAGCCAAUCGGGACUGAGAAAGGCGGGGCUAUGCUGAAGGCAGUUGGCGUGCCUCGGGUUUGCUUUCAUUCUCGGAUUCUCUGCCGCCUCGGAGGUGGACCGGGAGGCUUGUACUUGCUGGUCGCGGGUGUGUGUGUGUGUUUGUGAAUCGCGCUCCUCAGCAGAAACUCGCCUCCCUCACAGGAGCUCGUCGGUGCCGAAAGUCGUCGCGCGUCGCAGCAGGAGUCUCGCCCAAGUGGCACAAAAUGGCGGGCUGCCGAGACAAUGCAGCGGAGCAGAUGAAGCGCUGGCAAGAUCUGCGGGGCUCGCAGGUACAGAAGGGACACCCACCCCUCAUAAAGCCAUUGGCACGUUCCACCCCGCGCUCGGUCGCUACGUAUCGGGUCUGCAUUCAGCGGGCUGUUCGGCGGGCGCGACCACGUUCUGAAAGGCGGCGGGGGUGUGCGAGCAAUGUUGAAGGGUAUGGGACUUCUGUGGCUCUGACAUUAUGGCAGGCGUAGCUUUCGCCGCUCUGUAGUGUUGCAAUGCCAUAUGCCAGCAUUGUUUGCCCCGAAUCCCCUCUCCAAAAGUAGGAGCGGCGGAGGAGCUCUUGUCCAGCGUUGCUAUCUGUCCCUCUUGUGCAGCAUUGCACUUUGGAAGGGGCGCUGCUAAGUAGGUUGUGCAAAGGGUGACAAAAGUGCAAGCUUGAAAUGCACCUAGCCAAGGAUUUCUGUUGGCAUCAUGGAUCGACGAUCGGAUAAGAAAAUAAUACUGUUGCCCUUUGGGCUGUGUUCCUGUGCUGCUUUUGCUGCAAAAACAAAAUUUAACAUCCAUAAUCUCUGGAGGUUGGGAUUGGUUUGUUUAUCAUGGCACGCAGCACCAGCUGUCUGCCAAAAACGUUUCCAUUGCUAAAGGGUGGAGCAGUUCGCAAAGUGUUAUCAAGAACUGCAAUAAUGCUGCAAGGUUUAAUCAUGAUGGAAGUUGAACUUGCGAGAAACCUAUCUUACUAUGUUAUUUCUAUCAGGGAGAGUAAUAUACUCAUUUGCAAUUAGAGAUACAGAGUCAAAUAUAGCAAGUUGUUUAGUGUGCCAUUUUAGAUAGAGAGGUACUAAAGUACAAGACCAGGUACAACCCACCCAAAGUGAAGCACUUCCCCUGCUCCUUUGAUUUCGAUGGAAGGAGCUUAAGAACAUACUUAAUUCCCUCACUGAGAUCAAUAGCAGUUGUUAAUGCCAAUGUGUGAAUGUGUGCUGAUUACAUAGUUUCCUAACUUAUCUGGCCAACAAUAGGAAAGGCAGUAGAAAAUGGAGACACAAUCAGUGGCAGUAGUCUCAAAAGAAAUAAGAGGGAAUGCCAGUGAUUUGUACAGGAAUCAAUAUGAAAUGGCACAAAGAAAAAGUAACUGAGCUCAGGGGGCUACAAGCAAUGAGAGGUUAGUGAAGUGGUGAGUUGCUGGCAUCUCGGGAGACAAUGGAACAGUGCACCUUCAGGGGUAAAGUCACACCUCUGAAGAGUUACAGCGCCUGCUGUGUCUAACUGCUGCCUCCUUCCCUCCCACAUUGUGUUUGCUGCAUUGGCAGCACUGAAGUGAGCUUUCCAGGAUGCAAGCCUGGGCAGUAUAUAUGGAGGUCCUAGGCUGCCCAAAUGAUAAGACCCCACUUUCAGCCUCAAUUGUGUGGUCCAAAGGAGAAAAGCAAACAAUACAUUUGGCACCAGCUGGGCUGCAGGAGUUGCCAGAAGGAGGCAUACAGUGGUACCUUGGGUUAAGAACUUAAUUCGUUCUGGAGGUCCAUUCUUAACCUGAAACUGUUCUUAACCUGAGCUACCACUUAACUAAUGGGGCCUCCCGCUGCUGCCGCGCAAUUUCUGUUCUCAUCCUGAAGCAAAGUUCUUAACCUGAGGUACUAUUUCUGGGUUAGUGGAGUCUGUAACCUGAAGGGUCUGUAACCUGAAGCAUCUGUAACCCGAGGUACCACUAUACAAGAAGACAUUGAAAGGGACCUUUGAAACAGGUUUCACAACCAUAUGUUUUUGUUAUGAAGUAGCACUGAAAUGUACUGGGCUGGUUAAUAAUUUUGUUGCAAAACAUGAUGGAAACUAACUGGAGCUAGUUAAUAAUUCUGAUAGUUGGAUCCUGUGGUUCAACUUGGACCAUGAUUUGGAUUUGCAUGCUUAUCUUUCUGUUCUUGUUUACAGUUUCAGUAUUCUCUUUAGUGCUAUCCAUAAACUGCUGCCCAGAUUGGCAAAUUAUGGUUAGCCUUCAUUCUCCAUAUUUGGAUCAGAAGCCAAUUUUAAGCCAUAAUUUCUAAUUCUGACUUGGAGGGUGAAGGCUAACUAUAUAUAUAUAUUUGAUAUUGUGGUGAACUAUGGUUGGUGCUAAAAAAAAGAAAUGGACAUGUAGGCAGUGGAGAAGAAUAGGAUAUGUCAAAUGUCACAGUUCUAUAAUUGCUUUGAGAGAUUCCCGACCUGCCCCCAAUCAAGUAGUAUGUAAAUUUUAUGAAAUAAAAAUAAACAGUGAUUCUUCAAACCAUGAAUUUGAAGCUUGUUUGAAAUUAGACAAUGUGAUAGAAGGUAUCAAGGUAAUAAUAAUAAUAUGCCAUCCAUCUGACUGGGUUGUCCCAGGCACUCUGGGCACCUCCCAACAAAAUAUUAAAAAUGCAGUAAAACAUAAGUCAUUUAAUUUAGAUGCAAACAGCUUCAAAUACUGUUUUUACAAUUUCUGUUUCUGUAAUGAAGUUGUAGCCCUGGCCUCUUAGUUACUGUUUUGCAGACUAACCCAUUAUUGACUCAUUGUUGCUGAAGACUACAGUAACUGGUCAGAGAGUAGAUACAGAUGAAUCCUUCGUCUGAUCCACACGAGCGUCAGGGCAUGUCACUUUUGCUUUUUAAGAAACUCUACAAAUGUAGAUGAGAGUGUAUGAAGGGAUAGAAAUUAGAUCAACUUUAAGCUGUAAAUACUUAUUUGGCAUAAGCUCCAUUGAAAACAAUGGAGUGCACUGUAUAGCACUGUUCCCCAUUUUACAUAACCCACCUUUCUUCUGUCAUGAAUGCAGUGCAGAAUACAUACAGUUCACAAGCAGUCAGCUGUCCAGACACUAACCAGACUCAAACCUGCUUAACUUCAAUUAAGUGGCCUCAUGUGCUAGGGCAUUUUGAUGCUCUGAGUCUAAGUUGACUCAUUGGUCCAAAAGCAAGAGCAACUUUCCAGUGGUGGGGUUUCAUGUUCAAGGCUCUAUAUGUUGUUAUUGUCUGUUUUUAAGCUCUUUUAGUUUGGGUGUGUUGUAAUAGAGUGAAAAGGCAUUUAAAGAUAACUUACGUUUCUAUCUUGAGUGAUAGUAUGUGUGUACUGAAUUGAAAUGUAUCAUGCAUAUCCUUCAUCAUCUCAGAAAGGCACCUAUUAUCUACUGGUAGUCUUUAAUGUAGGGACAAUCUCCUCCUGGCUUUCAGCAGGAAUGUAACCAAGGGGAGCAGCUUUCCCCUCAAACCAACACUGCGGCUAGCAGUAAGCAGGCUUCUGUCAUGGCAUGUAAUCUGACUUGCUAUGACACUCUUUGAAUUCUGCUACUUUCAUUUUGGGGAAACAGGCAGUCUUCCAAAAUGGACCCUGGGUUUGGCUCUGCAUACCCUGACCCCAAAGACCUUGGAAACCACAUUUUGCAUUAUUUCGUUCAGCUGUUUUGUGUAUGAUGAGCACCUUUCUGCCAGCCAUGCUCUACUGCUGUUCAUAUUUCACACCUGCUUCCAUGUUAGCUGCUCCUGUUGUUUUCCAUUGGACUUAUCGUAUAGUAUGCUAUGCAUGCAUGUGUUAGUGUUCAAAAGUAAGUUCCACCAAGUUCAACAGCACUUACUUGCAGGUAAGUGUGUGCGGGAUUUUAGGUUGCAGUCCUACAUCCAUGUAAUUAGGAGUGCAAAAAGUAUAUAAUAAACAUUUUGGAUUAUGCUUCUAAGUAUGUCAGUGUAAAGUUGUGUUUUAUUUGUUGUAGUAACGAAAGAAGAUAUGCAUGCAAAUGGAUAACUUAAUUUAAAUUAGAUAUUUAAAUUUUGUCUUGCUUAUUUAAACCACUAAAUUAAAUCACAUUGAUUAAAAUUAGUCCACUCUGGUCCGAAUACUUUUUUACACUGUGACUGUAAACUCAUCUUCUGAUGGAGAACAGCUGAAUUUGGUUAAGAGCUUCCAUCUGUCUGUCUUGGGACACAAUGGAGGAGUGCGCCUUUUGGAGAUGAAAUCAAACUGUUGGAGAGUUACAUUGCCUGUUGUGUCUAUAGAACUGCAUCACAAAUGGGAAAAUCAACUACAGCUACACCAGUGCUAAAAUCAGGAUCUAUAGUUUGGAGGUUGAGCGAUUUCUCUGUGUCUUGAUAUUCUUUCACAGCACCAGAGAAAGCACCGGUAACCUAAACAGUUAUGGAUAGAAAGAGAAAGGGGUAGAGAUGGAUGAAAGGGUUAGCUCAUAUGUGUACUAUCCAAAAAGUAUGUUUGUUGCAAGCACACAAAGAUGUACACACAAACACUAACAUUGUGCAAGCAGAAAAUGCAUUGCUGUCAUUUGACUCAGUGCUGAUUAUUUUUCAGAGUGUGGGUUACAAGUUAUGUGUUUCUCUGCCAACUUUGCCAUACCUAAUUUAGAGCUAUUAGGUGAAUUGGUUAUGAGUUGCUGUAUAAGAAGCAAUAUUGUUCUUGCCUAAAUCUUGUGACAUGCUUUAAGUUGGUUUUCCUUUGAAUACCCAACAGAGCUAAAUGUUGUUUAUUAGAAAACUUUUUCGAUUUCACAGUGGUCACAAUGUCAUGGGGAUAAUAAGUUCACAUAAAUUGACAAUCAUUUGGAGCUUGGGCAGCCUUCAUUACCAGAAACUCUUCAACAACCUCUCACAGUAACAUGACUGGAGGAACUUCACUGUACAGUGGUACCUCUGGUUACGUACUUAAUUUGUUCCGGAGGUCCGUUCUUAACCUGAAACCGUUCUUAACCUGAAGCACCACUUUAGCUAAUGGGGCCUCCUGCUGCCGCCGCGCCGCCGGAGCACGAUUUCUGUUCUCAUCCUGAAGCAAAGUUCUUAACCCGAGGCAAUAUUUCUGGGUUAGCAGAGUCUGUAACCUGAAGCGUAUGUAACCCAAGGUACCACUGUACCCUUAAUGAUAUCUCUAAUGAACCACUGUGGAGUACAGAAAAAUCAACAGGAUCAGACUCUCCCUGUUUGUUUCCUGGUAAAUGCCAGGAGCCAAGACAAUCUCGGUUUCAAAGCUUAUCCUGAAACCAGGCUGAGAAAAGAUCCAGAAUUACACUUAUCCACCUUUAAAGAUCAGACUGGAAACGUCAGCGCCAAUUGCAUAAAUAUCUAGGCUCCAACAGUGGUGUUGUUUUUUUUUUAAAAAGGAAAUGUCUGCUUUCUCCAGGACCGUUGGAAAAUGCUGCUGUAAGAAAGAUGCCUUUACAAACACCCCGAUAAGGUUGGCAAAUGUUUCCUAGUUGGCCAUUGCCAGUCAAUAUAGACAUAGAUCAAGAGGGCAAGUUGUGGCAUGAACUUCUCCAGGCAUCUUGCCUGCAUCUUCAUGUAUUUUGCUAUUACAAUUCCCCCCACCCUCUCCACUUCAAACUAUAGUAAGUGACACAAAGGAAUUUGUCAAAUGAACCUACAAUUCUUUUAGAUUGAAAAAAGAUGUCAGAUGGCGCAGAACAAGAACCAGGUCACUUAACACUGUGUAACUAAGUAGCUAUUUGUAACUCUUGGCUACUAGAAUCUGAAUGAUCUGCAAACAUUUUCAUGACAGUUUAGACUGAGUAACGUUUCUAUAAUUGUUAGCUCCUUUUAAAGAAACAGACCCUGGUUUCUGAUUGCAGUGAAUGCAACAAAUUUUCUUUCUAUGUGUGGAUAAGUAUAAACUGCUUUCUAUCUUGCAAAGGUUCUUGCAAAGAUUUCAUUACAUUCUAACAAAUAAUGUGCUUCUACUGUUUUCUUUGAAAGAGCUUAUUAAAUGUGAAAGGGUUAUCUACCCUUAAUCCUAAAGGUGUUGUGCAGUCCACAGAACAUUACUUUGAUACACCAGCACCCUUUUAAGGUAUGCUGCAUGAAACUGCACAGAAGCACAUAAUGCUGCUUGCCUUGUUUUAUGUGACCUUAGCCAUAGUCCUGUUUUACGUAAGGAAUACAUGAUUUCACACAACCGGUUUUUAUGGCAUGACUGCAGUUGUCAUUCAAGACAGGUUGACCAAAAUACGUUGCUCCAUCCGUUUCUUAACUUCUUAACUUCUAGCAUCCAUAUUCUUAACUUCUAGCAAUUCUUAUUCAUAUUCUUCACUUAUCCAUAUUCUUAACUUCUAGCAAUUCUUAACUUCUAGCAUCCAUACGUUGCUCGUUUGGGAAUUGACUGAAACUCCUGUCGGCCAUAGCCUGUCCAGAGUAGCUUACAAUGAGAGAUACAUAUGAUGGGGCUCAGAUAGUAGUAGCUAUUUCAUGGGAGUGAUGAUUAUCUGGAUCAUGACAAUUGGGAGAGGGAGUUUGGUGCCAAUGAAGGAUUUCCUCCCAAUGCAGAUGGCAGCUUCAAACAAGUGAGUUUCAAAAGGAUGAGGUCAAGGGACACAAAGGUUAACUUCCCAUGCUACCCCCCCCCGCCCCUGAUAUUUUUGUUUUUGAAAAGUGUACAUAAAUUGCAAAGUCACAAUCAGCAUCAUGUAUAGUUUGGCUCUGAGUUUUUCUUUCUAGGAGGUCAGUUAUUGCUUUUCUAUUUCCAUGUGUAUUUUUUCUGUGGCUGCUUUUUGGAACAAACAUGUCUUUAAAAAUUACAACUACUAAUUCUUAACUUUUAGCACACUCUUUUAUCAAUUUUUGGGGCUCGAAUAUUUCGAAGAAUCUUAGAAUUGUAGUUGGAAGGGAUCCCAAGGAUCAUCUAGUUCAACUCCCUGCAAUACAGGAAUCUCAACUGAAGCAUUCAUGAUAGAUAGGCAUCCAACCUCUGCUUAGAAACCUCCAAGGAAGGAGAGUCCAUCAGCUCUCAUGGGAAUCUGUUCCAGUGUUGAACAGCUCUUAUUGUCAGAAAGUUAUUCCUAAUGUUUAGUCGGAAUCUCCCUUCUUGUCAGUUGAAUCCAUUGGUUGGGGACCUAGCCUCAGGAUCAGCUGUGAAAAAGCUGGCUCUAUCUUCCAUGGGACAUUUGAAGAUGGCUAUCAUGUCUCCUUUCAGUCUCUUCUUUUCCAGGCUAAACAUACCAGCUCCCUCAACCAUUUCGUAUAAGGCUUGGUUUUCUGACCCUUGAUAAUCUUGGAUGCCGCCCUCUGCACACAACCCAGCUUCUUAAAUUGUGAUGCCCAGUACUGGACACAGUACUCCUGGUGUGACCUGACCAAGGCAGAAUACAGCAGGACUAUAACUUGAUUGGGACCCUGUACUUCUGUUGACGUAGCCUAGAAUAGCAUUAACUGCUGCAUCACACUGUUGACUCAUGUUAAGCUUGUGGUCUACUAAGACCUAAAUUUAAAUACUGCAGUACAUAUUUUAAUAAUCGUUUCUUAAUGACAAUGACAUAUUUGUUAAAGUUUCUUCACAUCUUACAAUUUUCCCAAGACUAGCAGGGCUGGGUGUGCUAGAAUGUUUUCUCUUUAUUGUAUUGGACAAUGAGUACAUGCGUACAAUUAUACUUAACAGAAAGUUAAGUAUAAGCUAGAAAUAACCUUUUUCUAAAUGCCUUACUCAAUGCCCUUAGGGUGAAUGAGUAUUUGUAUUCGUAAGAUCAAGAAUCUAGGUGUAGUUCUUAAUGCAUGAUUAAAACAACUGAGAGUUGAAAAUACAAUUUCCUUUUAAAUACUCUGUAAAGGAGCGAAGGCACCUUUUAUCCUCUGAAUGGGUGGUGCCAGGGUGCUAAAACACGCCUGUGUAGUUAUUCCAGAAGACUAAUGUGCUCAAGCGGGUGGAGCUGUAGGUGCUGUGGGAGACACUUAAAAAUUAAUGCGAGGUUACUGUUGUUAAUUUAAUCAGCAAAGGUUGAGAUAAUUCACCUGGUUGUCAAGCUUGUGUCAUCACUUGUUAUCCUCCAUGUGUCUGACUUCCAAUAUAUUAACCACCUCCCCAAACUUCUGAUACUCUCUUUUGAACCACCUGUUCUCUUUGCCAGCUGUGAAUGCCAGACUUUCUAUAUUAUUGUACUGUACUUGCAUAAUUUGCAUUUUUUUAUGGUGAAUGAUUCGGGACUUCUUACAUUUUUCCAUUAGGUUUAGUGUGUUAGACAGCUGUUUAUUAAACAAAAUUAACAUAGGUUUUGGACCAGAAGAAGAUGGCUUUAAGAUAGUGCUUUAGAAACCCUAUUUUGGGCAUUUUAUUUGUUUUAAGUGUUUAUCGUUUUAAGAUGAUAUUCUUAGUUAUAUUCUACCUAUAAAGAUGACAUUUUUGUAAUAUGAGAAGGUAUAGGUGGUUCGACCUGAUUUCUUUGGAAAUCAGUUUUAUGAAAAGAUUUAGCCUUAGGGAUGGACCUAAUAGCAGCGUAGUGUUCAUGAUUUAUAUUGGGAAUUCAAUUACUUUUCAUGUCUGAGUCCAUUUUGUUAAGGCAAUACAGUGGUACCUCGGGUUAAGAACUUAAUUUGUUCUGGAGGUCUGUUCUUAACCUGAAACUGUUCUUAACCUGAAGCACCACUCUAGCUAAUGGGGCCUUCUGCCGCUGCACCACCGCUGCACGAUUUCUGUUCUCAUCCUGAAGCAAAGUUCUUAACCCGAGGUAAUAUUUCUGGGUUAGCGGAGUCUGUAACCUGAAGCAGAUGUAACCCGAGGUACCACUGUAUUCACAUACAGUGGUACCUCAGGUUACAGACCUCGGGUUAAGAGCUUUGUUUCAGGAUGCGAACAGAAAUUGCACGGCGGUGGCACAGCAGCAGCGGGAGGCCCCAUUAGCUAAAGUGGUACCUCAGGUUAAGAACAGUUUCAGGUUAAGAACGGACCUCCAGGACGAAUUCAGUUCUUAACCUGAGGUACCACUGUAAUCUGUUAAAUGCUUAAUACACUUUCUAAAUCUGAUGACAUUCAAGCUUGGAGGUGCAAUUGGUGCUACUCUUUUCAGUUAUUUCUGCUUGAAAAUCAAUUUAAUAAUCAGAACUCUUUGAAAUGAUUUUCCUCCUUCACACAUCUGUUGGCCAUUUAACAUUUAGAUUAUUAUUAUUACAUGCAAAUUUUACCUUUCCUAAUAAUUCCUGUUAUGAAACACAAUACUGUUUAAUGCCAGAAGCAAUUCUCCCUGUAGUCAGGAAGCACCAUACGUCUGCCAAGUUAACCCAUAAGCAUUUUCACUAAAUCACGAAAAACGUAAUAGCACUGUGUAGUUUUUGGUGUCCUAAUUUUCUUUUAUUUUUCUUUUGAAUUUAGAAACCAGAUGCCUUGACCACCGGAGCUGGUAUCCCAGUGGGAGACAAGUUAAAUGUCAUGACGGUGGGUCCACGAGGCCCCCUUUUGGUUCAGGAUGUGGUUUUCACAGAUGAGAUGGCACACUUUGACCGAGAGAGGAUUCCUGAGAGAGUUGUGCAUGCCAAAGGAGCAGGUCAGUGUUAGAAGUUGCUUGUUGUUUUAAAAGGAAGAGGUGGAGAAUUGAAUAUUAUGAACAUAACUUUGUGUACAGAAGGAACAAGGAAGCAUAGAAGUUCACAAAAUGUGUUUCCCUCAGUUUUGUAUCUUUUGGUGCUGAAUUCAGGAUUAUUACUAUUUUUGAUUAAACACAAAUCUUGCACAACACACUUUUGCAUAUGUGGACCUAAUUUAGAAAGGCAAUCCAAAAACAGAAGUAAGCACAAGUCACCCUUGCUGAGUCGGGGGGGGGGGGGGGAUGUACAAUAACUAUAAAUGCUUAAUUAGUUCAGUGUGCCCAAGGCUUCUUUAGAACUGCAUUUGUGGAACAGCGACCUCUAGGUUGCAUGAUAAAAGUGUGAUAAAAGUAUUAAAAGUGUGGUUUGGCAUAGGGGUAUGGUGCUGAAAGGGGAAGAAAAGAUCAAACAUGCCAUUAGGUGAAUGCAAGUGUUUGGGCUAAAGAAGACUAUUAGCUCUGAGGCAGCUUGUGAAACUGAAACAAUGCUAUUCUUAAAACAGGGUUAUUGCUUUCUAAGGGUAAACAGAAAAAAGCAAAAAAAUAAAUGGUUACUUGAUCGGCAACAUAUAAUACAAAUCAGUACUAUAAUUUCAAAUCAAUGUAUCCUAGGUGUGUUAUUCACUAGAAACCAUGAAGGAAUGAUUGUAAAAUAAAGAGUAUCUUACAUUAAAGCAUAAUAAUUGAAGCAAUUACAACAUGGUUAUCACAAGGUGAUGGUAAAAGAAUAAAUGAAAUAUAAAGCUAAUUGGGUUAAUUAGUCCAGGUAUAACAAGAAAUCAUAAGUGAUGUGAUAUAUAUAUAUAUCAGCAGCUUAUCAAAGUUUCUUGGUUUUUGUACCUUUUCCUUUGCGUACUUGUACUUUGUACGUAGAUACUGAAUGCCGAAGGAAGAGGGAACUUGCCCUCACUCUCAAGUUCUGCUAAAACCCAAGGUAGAAUAGUGGUAUUAAUACUAACCACUGCAACAAUGUUCAGGACUAAAGGAGAUUUUUUGAAAUCAAAGCUACUCAUCUCUUCCAAAACUAAGACUCCACUGCCUUUUACAGGGCAUUAAAAGCAGUCAUAAAACCACAACAUGAAAGAGUGUAUCAAAUUUUAAAGCAGAAAAAAAGCAUUAGCUGUGUUGUGUUGGUUUUAAAACCUCAUUCAAAUUAAACACAAAAUCUGUGGUGUUCCAGGCUAGACAGAACUGCUUCAAAAAUACAAUUAUGUUCCUGUUUACUUUGAAUAAAGGAGCCAUCUUGUGAUCCAUCAGGCUGUUAGACUACUGUCUGCCCCCAAGAACUGUAGCUGGAAGGAAGAACUGUAGCUGGAAGAACUGUCUCAAAAGUUUUCUAGUAAGAAGCAGACCCCCCCCCCCGUAUUCACAGAUGCUCUGCCUUCAGCUGUUCAGGUCCUUUGGUCUAGGCCAGGGGUCUGCAACCUUUAAGACAAAAAGAGCCACUUGGACCCGUUUCCGAAGGAAAAAAAACUGGGAGCCGCAAAACUCGUCAUUAUAAAAAUAACUUUUUUGUCACUUUUUUAUUAUUUCUUUGUUUGACCCCUCAGAAUUACUCCUCCUCAUAGAAAUAAACGUUAAAUUAACAAGUUACCUUUUUGUGUGUAUGUGUUCUUCACUCCCCUUCAAAACAGUGACCAGUGUACAUGCCCCCUUUCAAUGCAGUGACCAGCGUACAUGCCCCUUACAAUGUAGCGGGUGGGUGGGCGGGAAGGGGACGUCGGGAUGGUGCGUGACUAACGCACGCACCGCCCCCAUGCGACGUCACAGCCAGUACAGCGCCCGCCACAGUGGGGAGUGUCAGGGCGCACAAUGCGCCUCCUCCCCUCGCUAGUAUCCGCUCCGGAGCCGCGGCAAAGGUUUAAAAGAGCCACAUGCGGCUCCGGAGCCGCGGGUUGCAGACCCCUGGUCUAGGCAUAAAAGGAGAAUCACUGCUUCCUGAAAAAAAUUUUUUGGAUCAUGCCUUACAUGAUCCUUCUUGUUUCCCAUAGCUCCCCAGAAUCCAGAAGAUAGGUAAAUAAAUUAAUAAUAAACAUUCCCUAUUUCCUGCCUGUGUGUAAAGGGUCUGUUAUGGAAACUCAAGGUCUUUUGUGUCCUAUAACAAUGUCUCAGGGUCAAAAAGGAAAUAUGGUAAGGUGUACGCCAGAAAGCAGAAAAGCAUCACAUUAUACAAAACAGAGAUAUUUAUUCUUCCCAAACUGCACUGCCAUUUCUGAUAUUAUUACCAAAGCCCUUGAUAUUUAGAUGGUUUGUUUGUUUCUACUUAUCUUUAAUUUUUAAUAAAAGCAACAAUUUUAAAUAUUUUUAGGAGCUUUUGGCUAUUUUGAAGUGACUCAUGAUAUCACCAGAUAUUGCAAAGCAAAGGUAUUUGAGCAUAUUGGCAAAAGAACUCCAAUCGCUAUUCGAUUCUCUACUGUUGGUAAGUCUUAAAAACAACAACCCCUCUUUGCAUUUCCAUUUUAUUUGUGUCGUGUGUACACACACAUUUAUUAAAUGGGGUCCUUAGAGGAGCUAAUUUUUGUUAGACUUUAUUCAUUUAUUAUUUAUAAAUUUGUACACUGCUUGAUUGUAAAAAAACACACACACCUCAAAGCGGUUGGCAAAAGAUAAAACAGUAAAGCCGGGGGUGGGGGGGAAUACAACCCUACUUUCGUAUGUUUUAAAGUUAAAAUACUAAAACUGAUUAAAAUUCCCUCAGCUUUCUGGGCACCUGGGUAGGCUUUUCUAAACAGGAAUAUUUUUAGGAGGUGCCAAAAAGAGUAUGGUGAAGGCGUCUGUUUGAUCUUGAUAAGCUGAGAGCUCCAAAGUACAGGCACUUCCACACUAAACAAUCUGGUGCUUAAAAACAAAGAGUUUUGCAACGGAGGAGGAAAGUGUCACAUAAGGACACUACAUUGCGCAGGAAACCAUUGUGCAAUGUCCCCUUUCCAUUCAGUUCCUCUUAAAAGCUGUAAACGACAACAUACACAGACGAUAAUCAUCCUUGGAAUUGGAGCGCUAUAACAUUCAUUAGGUGAAGGCUGGGAGGACAAUUUCAACAUGUGAUGGCCAUUCCCAAUAUUAGAAUGGAUGCCAAUCUCCAGGGUUGAAGGAAAACUGUGUGCAGUUCUCAGUGUGUUCACGUUUAUAAACCUUCCUUUUCUAGCUGGAGAAUCAGGGUCAGCCGAUACAGUCCGUGACCCUCGAGGCUUUGCAAUGAAGUUCUAUACAGAAGAUGGUAACUGGGACCUUGUGGGGAAUAACACCCCCAUCUUCUUUAUUAGAGAUACGAUGCUGGUAGGUCAGGUAUUUAUUUGGGCACCCAAAAGAAGUUAAUGGGUGGUGAAUGAGAGGGAGAGAGAAAAGUGCAACAUACAUGGAUCUGUUUCUUCCAUGGGGCUUCUUUUCUAAUAUCAAAUUGCAGUUCUUGUACACUGAGUAAUAAUCCACUAAUAUUGGGGACUCUGCUACACUUGUCAAUUAUAUCGUUAUAACUGUGUUAUAAACAUGUGACACCAGGUGACGCUGUAGAGCUGUGAUCUGUCGCCAACGGGUUUUGCCAUUAACAGCUUUUAUAACACGUUUUUCUGCUUCUUUGAUUCCUUUUUGAUUUUAAGAUUUAUGAUUAUGUAAUGGUCACAGUAGAUUAAUUUAUACAUGGAACUUAUUUGCAGGUACACCUUUUCAAAGUGAACUUAGUACAAGGGACUGUGUAGAUAAUGCAACUACACAGUAAUGCAAAUCUUCUUUGUAUCUUCUUUGUGUUAGUUCCCAUCCUUUAUCCAUUCCCAAAAGAGGAAUCCACAAACUCAUCUGAAAGAUGCAGACAUGGUAUGGGACUUCUGGAGUCUUCGCCCUGAGUCUCUGCACCAGGUAAGAUUUACUCUUUUCAUUUCUAUUCAUUUUUUCCUUCACCUUGCAGGUUGAGCCAGCUGUGUCUCCUUUUCGCACCCUCUGAUUCAGAGACUAAAAGAUUCAUGUGUGAAAUUACAUAUUCUCUUUUACAUUGGUGUAUUUGGUCUCUUGUGAGUGAUACACAACACAACCCUUCCCUUAUCAACUCUAUGCCAUUUUCUAUAAAUUUUAUUCUUUAAAAUGUGACAAUAUUUGUAUCAUUUACAAUUGGGCAAGCUAUGACUAAAACACAUACCUGUCACCCAUUCAAGAAAACGAAUGAUUGGAGGACAUAAGUUUCCCCUUCCUUAAACUCACCUGAACUGUGAUGGGUCUGGAAGCCUUUUGCAAGAAAUACCUCUGCUCACUCAGAGAUAUGUUUACAGUCUUUAUAUACAUAUUAUGUACAAGGUACAGAACAUAGCUUCAUGUGUCCGAGUCCUCGGUAGCAGAUCCAAGAAGUGGGGGCUUUUGGUUCCUCUUCCAGCAAAGGAGCUUGGGAAGCCCCAGAUGCCUCCUUUGUUCCCUGUGUUUUAACCCCCUCCUGUCCUGUGCUGAAGGAAUGGGCACUGACUCUCCCUCUGUUCCUGAACUAGUUGAGUGGUGUUGCUGCUCUCCAGCAUUUGGGAGCAUUCUCACCGCUUGACUUCCUUCCUUUGGCUUGUCCUCCCCUCCCUCUCCUGUCUUGUCUAAAGGCUCCUGUUCCUCCCCCUCCCUCAGCGCCAGGUCAUUCCCUGGCAGCCCCAUGAUAUGAACAUAGCUCUCCAACCCCCUCAAAUGGAUUAUGUGGAAAUGAUGUAUUGUACUAUUGUUGCAGGUCAAAGUCAUCAGGGGUGAGGGCAGAAUAUCAUGCCAAGAAUAAACCAUGGUUGGAGCAUUCUUUAGUGCAGAGAAGUCCACAGGUGUACCUAGCUUUAGUUAACGUGAGCUUUCAUGAAAGAGAGCCUACGUAGACUUUUGUUGCUCUUGCUUUAUAUUUAGGUAUCAAUCCUGUUCAGUGAUCGUGGCAUUCCAGAUGGACAUCGUCAUAUGAAUGGCUACGGAUCACAUACUUUUAAGCUAGUCAAUGCUGGCGGAAAAGCGGUAUACUGCAAAUUCCAUGCUAAGGUAAUGAUUUCAGUUUUCCUGUUUCGCAUUUGUUAAUACUAAUUUCCUAAAUCGCUGGACGUACCCCACACCUGGAGUUCUUACCUAUUCCUACUUCAAGAAAUGAAAAAUGGGUACUGUAACAUGUUUAUCCCCUUGUAGCAUCUCCAUUAUGCAAAGAUUGAAUACUGCACUUGAGAUACUGGUUUAGGAGUAGUGAUGCCUGCCAUUCUAUCCACCUCUGCAUAUACUGUGGUACCUUGGUUUACAGCCAUAAUCUGUUCCGGAGGUCUGUUUGUACACCAAAACAGGUUGUAACCCAAGGCAUGCUUUCGCCAACGGGGCCUCCAAAAAAAGUUUGUUCGUAAUCCAAAAAAAGCUUGCAAACCGGGACAUGCACUUCUGGGUUUGAUGUGUUUGUAAUCCAAAACGUAUGCAAACCAAGAUGUAUGCAAACCAAGGUACCACUGUAGGCUUCUUUCCGGUAUGGCAGCUGCUUGUGCCCUCUCCCACAGCAGAUCUUUAGACCAAUUUUAACAUUUCUUUCAUCAUUACUAGGAUGCAAUUCUUAAUUUAUUAAUCAAAAUUUCUAAGAUGAUUUUUUAUUUUAUUUUUGCAGACUGAUCAAGGAAUAAAAAACCUUACUGUUGAAGAAGCAGGAAGACUGGCCUCUGAAGAUCCCGACUAUGCUCUCCGUGAUCUUUACAAUGCUAUUGCUAAUGCAAACUACCCUUCUUGGAGUUUCUAUAUCCAAGUGAUGACAUUUGAACAGGCUGAGAAAUAUCCAUUCAAUCCUUUUGAUGUAACUAAGGUAAGUGUAAUUUCCAUUCCUUUACCCUACAUAUUGGAUAUAAUAAAAGUUCUGCAUCUCUAUGGAAAGAUUUACCGUAUUUUUCGCUCUAUAAGACACACUUUUUCCCCUCCAAAAAUGAAGGGGAAAUGUGUGUGCGUCCUAUGGGGUGAAUGCAGGCUUCAGGAAGCUGUCCGCUAGCCAUGGGAGACCCAGCUCUCCCACGGCUAGCGGAGACCUUGCCAGCACCCAGAAGCUUGGGGCGCGCUGAGCUCCGCACGCCCCAAGCUUCGGGAUUAGCGCAGCGCUCCGCUAGCCCUGGGAGAGCCGCGCGGCUCUCCCACGGCUAGUGGAGACCUUGCCGGCACCCAGAAGCUUGGGGCGCGCUGAGCUCUGCACGCCCCAAGCUUCGGGAUUAGCGCAGCGCUCCGCUAGCCCUGGGAGAGCCGCGCGGCUCUCCCACGGCUAGUGGAGACCUUGCCAGCACCCAGAAGCUUGAGGCGCGCUGAGCUCCGCACGCCCCAAGCUUCGGGCUUAGCACAGCGCACCUGGGGGGGAAAUAAAUUUUUUUUUCCUUUAUUUCCCCCCCAAAAAACUAGGUGCGUCCUAUGGGCCGGUGCGUCCUAUGGUGCGAAAAAUACGGUACUUGGAAACUAUGUGUAAUAAAUUGUAUUCUUGCAUUUUGUAGAUUUGGUCCCACAAAGACUAUCCUCUGAUUCCGGUGGGGAAGCUGGUCUUAAACAGGAACCCUGUCAACUAUUUUGCUGAGGUGGAACAAGCAGCCUUUGAUCCAAGCAACAUGCCUCCAGGAAUUGAACCUAGCCCUGAUAAAAUGUUGCAGGUAACGAGUAUAGUAUGCUUUCAUGUUUAUUUAACAGAUGGUGGGCCAUGGAGCACUUUUAAGAGGACUUCAAUGCCACAGCCUGUUCAGUGCCUCCUCACUUGCCUGCCUCUUCCAUUUGCUGUGGCAUAGCCUUUUAGUUAGACCAAUGCAAACAUCAGCAAGUCAUUGCAUGAUGAGGAAGGGUGACUGGUUUGGUCUGCGUUGAUGGGGAGAUCUUCUUCUGAAGGGAAGUGCCAGAGGAAGUGUUGAAGGAUAUUACAAGGUGGAAGUUAAUAAUGGCUAAACUCUGCCACCGCAUUGUGACUCCCUCUGCCCCUGUACCACCAGUUUGUAACUGCAGGUGGGCUUUGAUGGUAAAAAGUUUGAGCACCCUUUCUUAAAUACAGAUGGUAUUUUCUGCUUAAUACCUGUAGUAUCAAAUAUAAUGAGAAAAGAUAACACCAGGAUGAUGUCUUGAUGGGAGGUUUCCCCCACUCUAUUCCAAUUUUUCCAUGGUGUGUGGUGUGUGUUUUGUUUUGUUUUGUUCUCUUAUCUUACUUCCCCUUUCCAUUUUUUUUUUAAAAGGGAGGAAUUCAGCCCAGUGCUAAAGAGUGUGAGCAUUUCUGAUUUCACCUCCAUCACACAUGCUAUUCUGGGGCUUAUCCCUCCCCCUUGAAGCCAACGGGGGGGGGCACAGGAGCAUGUGUGGAAAGGGUAGGGGAGAGCCCAGUUGUGGUUGCAGAAGUCUGCUCAGCUCGCAGGACCUAUUAGUUAAAUCCAGCCCAUAAAAUCCAAAUACAGUGGUACCUCGGGUUACAUACGCUUCAGGUUACAUAUGCUUCAGGUUACAGACUCUGCUAACCCAGAAAUAGUACCUCAGGUUAAGAACUUUGCUUUAGUAUGAGAACAGAAAUCAUGCUCCGGCGGCGCGACAGCAGUGGGAGGCCCCAUUAGCUAAAGUGGUGCUUCAGGUUAAGAACAGUUUCAGGUUAAGAACAGACCUCCAGAACGAAUUAAGUACUUAACCCAAGGUACCACUGUACUUGGAUCAAAAGUGGGUGGUCAUUACUGGAAGUUCAAAUCCCUAGCAUGGUAACAAGGGUGGGCAUGUGAUCAGCACAAGAUCUCAUUGCAGAUAAGCAUAUUGAGCAGAAGAUUUGUGGGUUUUUCACUUUUAUGUAUUCAUAAUUUAAUAUAUUGGAUGUUUCUCUUUGACCCCAUUAAUAUAGGUUAAGACAGUGAGCAGCAACUUUGUGGAUGUAUUUAGUUAGAAUUACCGUAUGUUUUACCAAUAAAAAUGUUCAGUCAAUUUAUUGUGUGCAGCACUUAACGAAUUUUUUUUUUUAACUCUUCCAAUAUAUCAAGCUUUAGCUAAGGGAAUCUUGAUGAUGGUUCAGCAGUGAGGGUGGAGCUUCUUUGGCAAAUGAGUCACAUGUUUUGGACCUGUGUCUCCCAUUGCUGUUUCAUAACGUAAAGAUAAUGUCAGCAGAAUAUUCUGGCUGUCUAGCUCUAGUAAUGUAUUCUUGCCAGUAGGUCAGAAUGACUUUGUUUAUGCACUGCCAAUUCAAUUCAUGUACAGCCUGGAAGCGUACAAAAUAUUUGAGCCCCCCCCCCUUAAGUAAAAGCAUAUUUAACAAAACAAGACCAAGCAAAAACACAAAAGUCUCUCAUGGCUACCUUUGACUGUGCUGUUGGGAGUUUGCUUAUUAGCGAAUAUAUAGUAACCUCUGCUGUAAGCUGUUUUAAAUAAAUAUUGAGAAUGUAGCUCCACAAUGGCAUUCAACAGUCUCAAGAGACUAAAUUCCCAAAUCAGCUUAUAAAUUCUUCAGGAAAGCAGUCAGAUUCAUACACUUGAAAAUUACAUUGAUUUCCAAGACGGGAAGCGGAAUACUGGACUGAAAGCUUUCUUCUGAUCCAGCAGAUCUGCUCUUGCAUUAUUUAUUUAUAAAAAUAUUUGCAUACCACUCUAUCCCCAAAAUUUAUCAAAGCAGUUUAGAACGGUAAAAAUAAGAUGAAACCAUACAAUAAAAUCAUAAAAUGUUGAAAGCAAGUUAAAACCGUUAAAAACAAAGAUCAGGAACCUAUUGUGGGGGGGAUGUACUCUUAAUUGCCUGCAUAGACUUGAAGGAAUAGAAAAGUUUUUAGCUGGCAUUUAGAAGUUUGCCAAUAGAGAUCAGGGGCACCUUUUGUGCGGAGUGUUCCACAGGACUGAGUCAGUGACACCAAAGGCUUGGUUGGCACUCCUGCAGCUGAUCUCGGUGGGAUAUAAGGGUUAAGGUCCCUGCUGCACCAUGGACCUAAAUUCCUAUUAUGUUCUUAUUGCCCCUGUGAGAAAGAAUUCUUCCUUUUGUAGACGUUAGGAGCAGGAGCAACUUAAGAAGAAUGGAUAUUGUCAUAAUAUAAAGCAUGGAGCAGCACGGUGUCAGCAUCAAUCUAAAGAAAGCUUACCCCCCUCCACUCUUGUCUCUCCAUUAUAUUAUUCUAGGGUCGUCUUUUCUCAUAUCCAGAUACUCACAGACAUCGUCUGGGACCCAACUACCUUCAAAUUCCUGUAAACUGUCCUUACCGAGCUCGAAUUGCCAACUACCAGAGAGAUGGAUUUAUGUGCAUUUCUGACAACCAAGGUAAUUCCAAAAGGUGUCUUCUGGAAGUAAUCUGCAAUACCAUGUGCAAGGACAUUUUCUUCUGAAUUUCUAGCAUGGUUUGGAUAUUUGUUCUAAUUUUGAUUCAUGUUAGAUUCCUAACUGUGGGUGAAAUUCAACAUCUCAUGAGUGUUUUUCUGUUCUCUUGGUGGGACUUUAAAUUUCUCCUGCUUCUUCCUGUAGCCCCCCAGAUCUGUUCUGGAGAAUCCCCAAGCAGCUUCAGAACAAAUCUGGGGGAUGUGCAGGUGUCUGUAGAACAGAUGAAGGGGAGGUCCUGUUGCGUGAGCAGAAGUCUGUUUAAAAUGUGUGUCCUUUGUGAACUUUUUUAGCCAAAUGGAUGCAUAAAAUAGUUUAAUCAAAAGUGUAUUGCCAUUUGAAUGGAGAAACAGGGAACGGAUGCACAGUUAUACUGUAAACAGUUACUUUGGCUUCAAACAUUUAUGCCUAUUAUUUCAGAGAACUGCAAUAAAAUUAUACCUAAAGUCACACCAAGGUGAUUAUACUGCUUCAAAGAACUUCUAGAAAUUGGCUUCGGUGCCCAACCAAGAGCUUAUAAUAGGCAGGUAGCUGAUCUUUCUUGAAUGUUCUACUAGAUUCCAUUUACAGUAUUCUGUUUAUCAGUAAGAAUGAAGAAAGGGAAGCAGUGGUCUUAUUUUAUAUCAAGUAGUCUUAUUUUAUAUGGAAGCAGUUACUGACUCCCACCCCCAAUAUUAAUAGCUAGGUAUGAGGCACAUUUGAAACACAUCUAAUGGAUUCAUAUCCAAUUAUAUCUAUCUAUCUAUCUAUCUAUCUAUCUAUCUAUCUAUCAUCUAUCAAUCUUUCUUUCUUCUAGGUGGUGCUCCAAAUUAUUAUCCCAACAGUUUUACUGGCCCUGAAGACCAGCCCAACUUGAAGGAGAGCAGUGUGCUUCUUUCUGGUGAUGUGCAACGCUUCAAUAGUGCAGAUGAGGACAAUGUGUCUCAAGUAAGCAGAUUAGAAAUGGAAAAUUAUUUUGGACAUGAGUUGGAGGUAUACACUGCUUUUUUAUGGAGUGAAUUGACUUUCUUGAGACAUCCGCAAAACACCUACCUUGAAAGCAGGUUAAAAGGUUUUUUUGUGAUCCAUCUGGUAGAAACUUAGCUGUGGCUUCUCUAGGCCAUUUCUGCAUUACCCCUUUUGUUACCCUAUCAAUUUGUAGUUUCAUAUACUCCCUCCCCCCAAUAGAUCAAUGAAAGCUCUUUUCUAGGCCUGUAUGGAAUCCUAGACCUACCCUGGGGAGAUCCGCUGGAAUUAAUGAACUUGCCUAACUCAGGAGCCUCUGGGAGGGGCUACCACUGGCUGACCCGACAGUUGAGUGUUUGCCCAAGCUUUGAUAAUUGGGCCCUAGGUCCCAUGGCCUAGAGUUUGGAAUACAUGUUUCCUGAAAUGCUUUUUAAAAAUAGAAUAAUGCCUGUGUAAAUUCCACCAGCACAAGUUCAACCAGCUGAGCCAGGGGGAGUGAUAUAUGCCAGCAUAUGUUGGGCUCGAACAGGAUGAAAGGUUUAUGCUUGGCCAAGAAAGCUCAAGAUCUGCCAAAUCCAGACUCUCUCAUCCUGGCAGAUCCUGCCUUUAGAUUGUGCUGUAAAUUGUAAAUCUGAGGCACAUCUCAGGGAUAAGACUGUUGGCCAUCCCUUCUGUUCCCAGUGUUGAUGGCGGAGUUAGUUUAAAGUCAGUAGUGAGUCUCUCUCAGCUGAAAGUUUAUAUUUUAUAUUAGAAAAUGCCUUAAUAAUUAUGCAGCACAGGAUACAUCCAUAAUGUGAGAGAAAUCUGUCCUUCAUUUUCAUUUAAAGGUACGAGACUUCUAUACUAAAGUGCUGAGUGAAGAAGAACGUGAGAGGCUUUGCGAGAACAUUGCUGGCCAUCUUAAAGAUGCUCAGCUUUUCAUUCAGAAGAAGGCUGUAAGUGAUAAAUUGCUACUUGUAUCUGAUGACAUCUGAUCUAUGCUCUUAAUGUACAUCCUACAAUAAUUUUAAAAUAUAUACUUGUGUGCCACCUUAUUUUAAGAUGCAGGAAAAUAUGAGACAGACAAAAAAAGUUAAGGUAGAAAAAAAACCACAGAUGUAAAAGGUAAGCCUUCAACAAUCUCUUUUUGAAAAAUUAUUUAAAUUAUCAGGAUAAAUUAAUAGUAGAGUAACUACUCUGACAGGGAGUCUUGUCAGCUGAAAGACAGUAAGCCUCCCUGCUUACUUUUUCAAGUAAGACCUGGAUAUAUUUAGGGAUGUUUUGGUCCAUGCUGUAGCAUAGAAAGCGCAUGAACUUCUGCAUGCAAAAAUUACAUUUCAACUUUGGAGGGAAGCUGUGUAGUCGUAGGAGGUAAAUUGGAAGCUAUUUCAUUCAAACCCAGUUAGUCGUUUCAAAUCUCCAUGUCAAUAGCAGAUGGCAUAGUUUACAUAUAAUUUGAGAAGGUAAAUUGAAGAACAUAAGAAGAGGCUGCUGGAUCAGGCUCAUAGCACUUCUGGUCCAGCAUCCUGUUCUCACAGUAGCCAACUUGAUGCCUGUGGGAAGCACCCCAGCAAGAUAGGUGCACAACAGCACUCUGCCCACCUGCAGUUCCCAGCAAGUGGAAUUCAGAGACUGACUGUCUCUGACCAUGGAGGUGGAACGUGGGAAGAGAAGGGGCUUUGGAUGAAAUCUUAAUGCAGGCUUAUAAUUGCUCUUCAACUUCUCUUUGCCAAUCUAGGUGAAAAACUUUACUGAUGUUCAUCCUGAUUAUGGUGCCCGCAUCCAAGCCCACCUGGACAGGUACAAUGCUAAAGGGGGCAGCAAGGUAUGAAAACAACUUCCAUUCAAAUUACUGUGUGCUGAGGGGCUAAGGCAUUAUUAUGUAAAUUGCCGUAGAUGAAAGUGCUUGAUCGAAAGAGAGGACUGUGGAGUUGGGGUGAAUGUUGUGGGGUGGGGUUUAAAAUGCAAACUUUAAAAUGCUGCCAGUUCAAGUGGCCAAAGCCCCCUUCAAGCUUGCCUUGAUCAGCUGUUUCUCACCUAUUCUUUUUAAGUGCCAUAUGAAAAUGUAUUGCACAAAAAUGUAUUUGCCAAUAUGCCAGCAAAUCGUCGGAUUCUUAGGAUAAUCCCUUAGUUCUGGGAGAGUAAAGCCCUCCUGUUCCCUCAACAUAAGGAGGGGAGAGAGUAUGGCAGCUGUGGAACUGCCAUGCUUAUUUUCCUUCUGUUUUGGGGUCUAUAGGAGGGAAAAUCUGAGGAGAUGGAGGAAUGGAAAAAUUAAAAAGAAAAGCUCUCUCACUUUUACUCUGGCGUUUUAGGAUUUGGUAGUUCGUGCAUCCUCAGAUUCUCCCUCCAGUCUCUAAAGGAUUUCUCUGUUAGAAACUUGCUCCUACAACCCAUGCUGACUGUCAGUGGUUUAAACUAUUUUUGUCUUGUUUCUAGGAUUGUAUUCGUACCUACACCCAAGCUUCUCAUGUUGCUGCAAAGGAAAGAUCUAAUUUGUAGAAAGUAUGACCUGUGGUCCCAUUGAUCAUUGCAUUUGCAUCCGUCCAACUGGAAAACAAGCCUUAAUCCUGCAAAUAUUUGUGUUUUUCUUGAAAUCUCCUUUGUUGUGGCAGUUGCAAGGCAGAACCAUUGAAGUUUGCAUUUGUGAUUAAAAACUAAUUGAAUUAUAAUCUUAUGCCUUGUAAAACAUUCUGUCUAGACUGUUAAAAUUGAUCUGUACUGGCAAUCACUUUUCAGUAGUAUGACUGAAAUAUAUGGCUACAGUAACUUUUUGUCUACUUUUGCAAAAUUAAUCAAAUGGUUUGCCUUAUUUUUGUAUUCUUAUAACUAACCGUGCAUUUAUUUACCCAAAAGAACUUGCAUAAUAUUUUGAUGGUAUAUCUUCUACUGACUAUGUUAAAAUCAAUACAGCAACAGGUGAAUAAAAUUCUUACUCAUAGAGGUAUUAACAUUUUAAAAAGAGCACAUUUUAAUAAAUGCUCCCAUUAUGCAAGCAGUUUUAUCUUGCAGUGGCACUAAAUUUAUCAGACUUUUGCUUGAUGCACGGUGGAUUACAGGAGCUAUAUUUGAAACACAUUCGAUCAUAUUUUCUUUUUUUUAACUUCAUUUUGACAUAAAUAUAUUUACAGAAACAAGGUAAUCCAUUAUACUGGAGAAUUAUUACAGUGCCUAUUCUCAAAUAAAAUUAUUGUUAUAAUGAAAUGUUUCACAUUUAUCUAUGGAUUUUUGUUAACCGUGUACUUUUAGAUCUAGUUCUGUGGGUCAACUUACAUAUGAUGGUGUCUUCAUUCAUAAGUGUGGGUGGGAGUUGAAAAUAAAAGGAACAUGCAGGAUUCUUUCUCCCAAUCCUGUAACUUAACUCUCCA